CUGAGACAUGGUUGACUGAGGAGCUAGUCGACAGAUUCGAUAGGAUCAGAAUGCCCGAACAUUAGGAAAGGCCAUCUGGAAUUCAGUUAUUUUCACCCCUCUGGGUCGCGUGGCAGAACCUCGCCUCUCCGGGCUACACCCCGUUUUGCUGCUACUUAAGCGGCUUCUCUACGGCAAACACAGGCGCGCAAAUCCGAAAAGGAACACAAAGCAGCAGCAGCCCACGCGCUUUCCACGCCUCUAAACAUGUCUGCGAAAACAUUCGCCGCUUCCUGCCUUUUUCUGCUGCUAACUCACAUGGUGGUGGGUGAAGACUGUUCCAAGGCCUGUGACUGUCCUGCAGAGACACCAUUUUGCCUGUUUGGGACCAGCCUGGUGCUGGACAGCUGUGGUUGCUGUAAAGUGUGUGCCCGGCAAGUGGGAGAACCUUGCUCUCUCCUGGAGCCCUGUGACCACCAUAAGGACCUUUACUGUGACUAUGCAUUGCUGAGUGACACAGAAACUGGCAUCUGCAUGGCUCAGGAAGGUCAGAUCUGUGAUCUGGGUGGAGUGAUCUACCGCAGUGGAGAGACAUUUCAACCGAGCUGCAAGCACCAGUGCGUCUGCAUGAAUGGCGAAAUCGGCUGUGUGCCAACCUGUGCCAGCGACAUUCGCCUGCCUUCUCCAAACUGCCCAUACCCACGACGUAUCCAGAUCCCUGGCAAGUGCUGCGAGGAGUGGAUGUGUGACAAGACCCCCCACGAAGAUCCCUUCCAGUCAGCCAUGGCUGGUAGGUCCCUUGUGUAUCGGAAACUGCAGAACCCAGAGCCUGAGAGUGCUCGGGACAACUGCAUCGUGCAGACCACGGAGUGGAGUGAGUGUUCGGCCACCUGUGGUAUGGGCAUGUCCUCUCGCGUUACCAACGACAACGAGCAGUGUCAGCUGGAGCGCCAGACUCGCGUCUGCAUGAUCCGGCCAUGCCAAGUCCAGCAAGAGAACAUCAUCAAGAAAGGCAAAAAGUGUGUGCGGACUCCAAGGAGUCAGCAGGGUAUGCGCUUUGAGUUGUCUGGCUGUCAGAGCACGCGGAUUUAUAAGCCCAAGUUCUGCGGAGUGUGUACAGAUGGGCGCUGCUGCACUCCGCAAAACACCAUGACCGCUGAGGUGGAAUUCCGCUGCCCUGAGGGAGACUCCUUUAAGAGGAAGAUGAUGUUCAUUAGAACCUGCUCCUGCCACUAUGACUGCCCACGUGGAAAUGACAUCUUCCUUGCUUCAAACUCAUGGAAAAUGACUGGAGACUAUGAUAAUGACAUGUGAAAGGCUGCCAGAUGGUGUAGACAUACAGAGAAAAAAGAUGGAAAAAAGCACAUGCUCACACACUCCCUGAUGAUCUAAUACAGCGGCGCACAACUCCUGUGUCCAGCACAGUUUGGUGUUUUACCCACUCUCACACUCCUGAUUACACUUACCUGUUAAUUGAAAGGUACAGCAGUGUUUGAGUAGGGAAACCUCCAACCUGUGUUUAGGACUGGAGUUGUGCACUCCUGAUCUAGUACAUGCAUUUACAAGGCAGCUCUCUUUUUUUUCCCCCAGACCCCAAGUUUCACAAUUGCCCUAGGGAGCAUGAACAAAAGAAUGUUUUAUAUAAAGGGGAGCCUAACUUGAUGCCAUAACCAAUUUUGUUGCAUUUCUUUUGUGCUCAGAAGUAAUCUGGCUCUUUUAGUGGUUUUCCCCCUAUGUUGAUGCAUGCAUGGGCUAGAGUGGACCUGAAGCACUGAGGACUAUAUAUUAAAGCAUUUUGGAAGUACAGUUCACAUUUAGUUCCAAAAUUUGUUACUGAGAGGAACGUAUCACAAAUCUUACCAUGUACCAUUAAUCACAAGUGAACCUAACUAAAUUAGUAAACUAUAUUCAUCCCAAGAGUUGUUGGUGAGAAACUAAUCCAUUUUAAAUGGGACGAAAUCACAUACAGUAUAUGGUAUUGUUUACUGUUUAUUUAAAGAAAAUAAAUGGAAACAUUAAAAGAAUGACGAAUGCACAUUGUGUAAAUACUGUAAGAAGACUCUGUACAGUUUUGUACUAAUUUAAACAGUUGCUUAACUUUAAAAUUUUGUUGUAUUUGUACUGUAUUAUUGUUUUCACUGUAACCACCUGAGAUAGAAGUGAGUUGAAUUUCCAAUGCACUUUCAUUUUUUUCCAAUAAAGAAAUUAUAUUUUUAUAUAUAUGUGAUGUGAUACACCGUAUUUUGUCUUGUCUUUGUUUCAGUGGAAGCUACCAAUGUAUUUACUGAUGCUACUAAUAUAUUUAUUUAAAGAGCUUCCUUGUGUAAAUUUCUUAGCCGAGUAUGAGACAAGUUUUAUAGUCUGGAUUGUCCUCUUAAAGAAAAUGUUUAACGAUAUUUUUCUGAAAGAGACAACUCCUAAUCCUGUGUAAGAAUUGCUAAAAUGUCUAAGAAUCUGCUUAUACUGAAAAUUCACUGGUCUCAGUGACAUAUACCUUAAUACCACUCUCUUUUUUCAAAAGACAAUUCGACUUUAGUUUUUCACUUGCAAGGAUUCAACGAUGAGCCAAUGUUUGGAUGAAAGUGAUUUUUGGAUGAUACAGACUCUCAUAUGAGAAAACUGCUGUGAAACCCAAAGAGAGAAGGUGCCUAAUUUAGAAACCUGCCUCAAGCUGAGGAAACUUAUGCUGCAAUUCCUCUCUUAUCAGCAGGGUUGGCCCACAGACAGGCAGCCAUUUCUAGCUAAUCCACUGAGUGGUUGUAUCUCCGCAGUUCAAGAAGUAUUAUCUCAUAAUGAUUACCAGUAGGGGUGGUCCCCCACAAAAAUCUUAGCAAACCUUUUAUUCUUUGGGAAUAUAUAUAAAAUGUGCUUGUGCGAGAGGUUUUUGCAUUUCCACAAUCUCUCAUUAGUGUAGGUGAUGCAUUGUCUAUACUGGUAUAGUCGUAUUGAUGUCACAUGCCACACAACAAUACUGAUUUUUGGUUUUGGUGAUUCUGAUAAAAAAUAAUUGCAAUGUACGAUGAGUGAGUGUUUUUUAUUGUUAUGAAAAGGGAGAUAGAUAAAAUGCAUAGAAAUUGAAUAAAUAGUAAGUUUCCUUCUGCCAGUUCAACAUCUGUCUGCUUAAAAUUUAUAACAAGUUCUUUUUGGUGAAUAUUGUGAUCCUUAAUUUUAUUUUAUGCACCCAGCACCUCUCAGAAUAGCAAGCAGUUGAAAAAGUCUUAUUCUUUCACUCUGUGGCAUGCUGCAUCUAAUGCAUUAGUCACAAAGUUUGAUACAGUGACACCUGACAUGACGUUAGAUGUGUCCCAAACAUAACAACCAUAAUUUAAACUCUACACUGGUUGCCAGUUAAAUUUCGCAUCAAUUACAAAAUUCUUUUACUGACCUAUGAAGUUCUAAACUUCUCUCAUACUAUGAACCAUCACGCCUACUUAGAUCACAAGGUGCUGGCUUACUAUUAUUACCUACAAUUAAUAAAGUUACAUCAGGGGGGAGAGCCUUCUCAUACAAAGCCCCCCCAACUUUGGAAUAAUCUUCCAGUCAGUGUUUGGGACUCAGACACAGCCUCAGUCUUUAAGUCUAGGCUAAAAACUUACUUGUUUAGUCAAGCUUUUGGUAAUUAGUUUUCCCUGUUAGAUAAAAGGUGCAGAUCUUGAGGUUCAUGGACAUAGAGUAUUAUGGUAAACUGGGAGUGUUGGUGCUGUCGUCCCACUGCUCUCACAUGUUCACUCAAGUUUGCUCACGGUGGAGCGGAGGGGCGCUGACAUCUCAGGGAGCCCUCAUGUCUCUGUUACCUUUCUGGUUUCUCUUUUUUAGU